CAGUCAGUCAGUCAUUUUGGUAUCUUCCUUACCUACCUAGGUAGGUAUUCAAUUACGGAGUAGAUAUUUGAACACCACCUAUCCAGCUCUCCUCCCUCGGCAGGGUAGGAAAUUUGGAUUGGGAUCAUUUGACUUGAGAAGGAUUUUUUUUUUCCCUUUUCUUUCUCGGAAAUCUCGCUUACCUUUCUACCCACCUACCGGCCCGCCUCACCCAAUAUGCUGGCACUGAGACAAUAAAACAGCCUCGUCUGCUUCGUAUGCGCCUGUUCAUGUGAUGCAGCCCGGUCAUGGAGAUACGCCCGCGAUUUAGACCAUGUCGGGUGCCAUCCAAGAUCGCCUAGCACAAGUGCUUGGGCGCACCAGUAUCGCCGCACAUGCGCGCUACAUUAUUCCGGCGCUGCUAUUAACCGUGGCCGCGUCGGCGCCCUUGUUGAUAUACAAGCGGCGAUCAAUAAAUGCUGGCUCGUCGCAAAAUGCCGGCGACGACAAUCUCUAUCCAGAUACAGACCCUGAAGGCACCGAUCCGCCGCUUCUGCAAAAGCAUUCCGAGAUCAAGUCAUACCAGACAUCGCGCUUUACGUACCCCGGUAUCCGCAUUUUCUACCGACGCCAUCCCAAAGUGGACCAGUUACCAUCCACGCCUUCUCCCAUACCCCUCCUCGUCUUCGUUCAUGGUCUGGGCGGAAGCGCUGCCCAAUUUACCUCACUUUUGACGAGCUUGAUCCACGUCUCGUCAUGUUUGGCGAUCGACUUGCCCGGCUGUGGCCUUUCUGAAUUUGCGCCAAAAGACUGGGGUGCCUACAGGACUGAGGCGCUACUGGAACUGCUCGACAAGAUUAUCCAAGACUACCGCGACAAGACAACCGAUCAGGAUGUGGUCUUGAUCGGGCAUAGCAUGGGUUCUGCUCUUGCUGCGCGCCUGGCCAGCAAGACAGUUCCCAAACCUGCGUCUCUAUCCAGGCAUGUUGUCGGUCUUGUGGCUAUAUGCCCGCCCUCGGAGCCGCCGCCGGCGAAGCAAGCCGGUCUGGCUCGUAAAUUUCUUUCGAUCCCCACCCCUAUUUUGGAUUUAUACCGAGCUUGGGACCGGAGAGGCGGCUUGGAGAGUGCUAGUGUCUCUAGAUUCGUCGGCGCUGAUGCCAGUAAAGAGACCAAGAAACUGCAGUAUCGCUUCAACUGCCAAAGCAGAACACCUGUGUGGCGGCGUAUGGCAUACGGCUUUCUUCCUACAUACCACAAUGGGGACACCCACGGUGGUUUCGCCGGUCGAGAGGUCUGGAAAGGCCUCAAAAUACCGGUUUACCUCAUAGCAGGACGUGACGAUCAUAUCACGAAGCCAAGUGAUGCUGAGAGGAUACGCGAAUGGCUUUCAGAGGAUGUAGACACGACGGCAUCACCUCGAGACGGUCCCAUUAUCGUGGAUAGUGCUGCUCCUUUGGAGAUUCCCAUAGAGCGCCACGAUGCUCAGAGCAAAUCUCGGAUUGAAGACCUUACCGAUGAAGACUUUCAGCGAGCCCGACAUAGAGUAAGUCUGGACGACCUUCAGGAGGACCCCUCAACACCUCGUGAAGGGUCUACCGAAAUACCAACGUCACCCUUGCGGCCCAGGAGGUCUGUGGAACUCAUAAUCUUGCCAUCGCCGGCGACACACGCCCUUCUCUACGCACCGUCAACGGCGCGCGUCCUAGCAGGCCUGGUGUCGGACUUUCUAAGCACGAGCAUCAGUGGUCGCCUCUCACUCGGCUGGCAGCUCCAGUACCUUUCCAAGGAGGGAAAGUGGGACGUCAAGAACUUGGCCAAGUGGAAAAACGUAGAGCCAGUCUCUGACCCGAUAGCGGGGAUAUUCAGAGCUAUGAAGACUCUGCGCGAGGUCGACGAGACUCAUUCCCCGAAGGCUUUCGUUGAAAAUUGGGGCCAUAGCAUCAGGGACAUCAUCGACAUAUCACAUGACACGCCGGUCUAUGAUCCGGCUGGACUUGAGGCUGGCGGCAUCCGAUACCACAAGUUCCCGUCCGUGUCCAAAAUACCGCCUACCCCCGAAGAGGUUGAGGCCUUUAUUGCUCUUGUCGACAAGGUGAGGGCGGAACAACGGGAGAAGUUCCAAGGGGAUUUGAAGGCUGCGGUUGCUGUACACUGUCACUAUGGUUUCAACCGGACAGGAUUCUUCAUCGUAUGCUAUCUUAUUGAGCGCGCCGGCUUUGGCGUACAGGCCGCCAUUGACGAAUUUGCCCGUGCGAGACCUAAAGGCAUUCGGCACCAACAUUUUCUCGAUCAGCUUUUUGUGCGCUACUCAUCACUGGAUUCGAGAAGAAAACAGGAGCAGUGAAAGAAGCCCGACCAGUCACCCGUUGCGCUUGGCGUUGCAGUGCCUCCGUUGAACUCGAGAUUCGCCGGACUUAUUCUCGGUAUUGAGACUGUUGACUAGGGACUGGGGGAAAAACUAAUCCAAAGUACGAUACCUGUUAUAUUUAUACCCUUUUUUUUUCUUGGAUGGAGCGCCAGGAAUACACUGCUACAUAACAGAGGAGUUGAUAUCUGGAUGGAAUUCUAGCACCAGUCAUCCGUUCCCAAGGCCUCCGUGCCAUAGAAGUGACGUAGUAUGCAAAUCGCAAAGCGUCUUAAACCAGGGCCUUGGGCACACGAAACAUUUGCCGGUCCUUAGAGAAUAUCAUGUAUCUCUGGCAGGUCUAAAGCAAGCAUCG